AGAAGAGAUUUAAAGAAGUGGGGCGUCUGUUACCUCAUUCUCUCGUCUUCUUUUCCUGUUCUUUGGAUUUGAAGAGCAGCGAGGAAAUGUCAGGGGGUAUAGCUCGUGGCCGACUCGCCGAGGAGCGGAAAGCAUGGCGUAAGAAUCACCCUCACGGCUUUGUGGCGAGGCCAGAGACGCAACCAGAUGGCACCGUGAAUCUGAUGGUGUGGCACUGUACCAUCCCUGGAAAAGUGGGGACUGACUGGGAGGGGGGAUACUUCCCUAUCACGCUCAACUUUAGUGAAGACUAUCCAAGCAAACCGCCUAAAUGCAAGUUUCCUCAAGGUUUCUUCCAUCCCAAUGUGUACCCUUCUGGAACUGUAUGCCUCUCCAUCCUCAACGAGGACAGUGGGUGGAGGCCGGCCAUCACAGUCAGCCAAAUACUUGUUGGCAUACAAGAUUUACUUGAUCAGCCAAAUCCAUCUGAUCCUGCUCAGACAGAAGGCUACCAUCUUUUCAUUCAGAAUCUGGCAGAAUACAAAAAACGAGUUAAGCAGCAGACCAAGCAAUACCCACCUCUCAUAUAGCCACAUUGAUGAAUCUUUUGCCACUUUUAUUGCUCUCGGCAUAAACAUCAGCUAAAUAAUUUAGUGUUGCAAACAGUAGCUUAUUUUCAUGGUAAUUUCUCCUUGCUUUGAGGUGGACCUGCUCUCGUAAAAUCCGAGCAGGUACUCUUAUCAAAGUUAACCUGAUGAUUUAUGUGAUGUCUCAAUAUUGUCCCCAGCCUCAUUUCCAUGUAUGAUUUCUGUGAUAGAGAGCCACUUCUGUGUACAUUAAUAGUUGAGUUAAUGCCUGUCGCUAGGUUUGCUUGUUUGCCUUUUAGUCCA